CGUACCGGUUCCCAUACGUGCCGCCGCCCGGCUGUACUGUUCUCUCGUCCGCGGACCGUAUGUUUCGCGCGCGCAUUUCUCCGCACACCGCCGCGGUCGUUUUUCGAUACCGCUCGACGUCGCCGUAUUACGUCGACGACAACGACGACGACGACGACGACGACGACGACGACGACGACGACGACGACGACGACGAGGACGAACACAACGACCACAACAACAACAACAACAACAACAGCAACAACGACUACUGCUACUCUGCUUAUUAGGUACUACCACAGCCGCCACUACCACCACCAAGUCGGCGGCGUUUGUCGCUGGCACCGCCGCCCGUGCAGGUUUCCGCCGCGUUUGUUUUGAAUGCCGCCGGUACGCGACCGCUGCCACCACCGCCGCCGUCGUCGUCGCCGCCGCCGCCGCCGCCGUCGCCGGACACUGAUCCGCUUGGAACCACCAUCAUGGGAAUAUUCCGGUGUCCGUUGAUCAGGUUCAGUCAGCGGCGGGCCAGACAGCACCGGCUGCCGGAAGAGACGUCGUCGCGAUCGCCGCCCGAAGGCACGUCGAAACCGCCACUUCAAGCCGGCGCCGCGACAGUCGUCCCGGCAACUCUACCGGUACCGCCGACGCCGGCCGACCGCCCCGCCGCCGCCCGAGCCACGGCACACGCCGCCCACGCCGUCGCACAUUUCGCACGGAAAUUACCGACGUCGGGAGAAACAGGCACAGAACUGACGGUUCGGGAGCUGGAAGAGAUGGCGUGCCGGCAACAGCAUCAGAUCGAGUCACAGCGGCAGCUGUUGGCUGCCAAAGAACAGCGGCUCCGUUACCUGAAACAACAUGACACCAAGCACCAUCAGGUGGCGGCGGAGCACGAAAGGCUCCGCCGCCUCCGGGAUCGGGUCGAGGCUCAGGAACAAAAGCUCCGCAAGCUCCGGGCGCUCAGAGGUCAAGUGGACCAGACUAAACUCAACAACGCUACACUCACUUCUGACCUGGAAUCGAUCCGUGCCUUGUUUAAUGAAAAAGAAAAAGAACUAACUAUGGCCGUGGCUAAAGUGGAUGAACUAACUAGGCAACUAGAAGACGUCCAUAAAGGACGAGGCCAUGCACAGCCUACGUCUCCGGCCUCCAUAGAACUUGACAAACUACGAGCUGAGCUAUUAUACCGGAACAAAUUGGGUGAACAACAAACUGCUAGGUUGGUACAACAACGUGAAGUUCUUUCCAAAAGACAAGAGGAAAUGGCAUCUAUUGAUCGGCGAAUAUCGGAACUACAAGCUAGGUUACACAGAAAGAGAUUGCUCAACCAACAGCUUGCCAAUCAAAUCCAGGCUAACAAACCAGGCCAUAAUAAUAGGUCUCUGGGCGGCCCGGGUAAACAAAUGAUGCCGUUGUGUGAUGGCAAAAUGAAUGGCGGUGGCGGUAACGUUGCAGCCAUCGAGCCGUUUAACCACAUACCGGACGCCAUGAGCAAAAAUUCAAUGUUACGCAAGUCUGAGGAUAACAUCCUUAGCCAUGGAACGGUCAAUGGCGACCCACAGUCAUAUGGUGGACGGUCCGGCAGGCCUGAGCAAAAAUCACUGUCUCAGCAGCCUUUGGUCCAGAAACCGAUAAUGGACCCAUAUCAACAACAGUACCAACCGUCAAAUAAUAACUACAAAAUUGAACAACAAGCAAACGGUAACCCAGGUGACCUUGCAUAUUUUGGCGGCAGCAAGUUUGACCCUAAAUACCAGACAUUACCCUACAAUACCAAAUUCUCACCAUUGGCCAACUACAGCGGAAACCAAUCGGCAAUCCAACACCAUCAACAUCAGCAACAACAUCAUCAUCAUCAUCAGCAACAACAUAACCAACAACAACAACAACUGAACCAACAGCAGCAACAAAACCAACAGCAGCAACAAAACCAACAGCAGCAGCAGCAGCAACAGCAACAGAACCAGCACCAACAGUGGUUUGGUCAACACGAAGAGAUGCCCGAGGAUAUUAAUAGAGACCUAGUCAAUAAUAACACCAACUGUUAUGGAGCCGAUCAAAAACUUAAUGGAACGGCCCAAAAUAAAAAGUCAGUUUUGGCCGGCCAAGUUCUGACAAACCUGGGACAGAAUUUACAAAUGCAGAGUUCCAGCAGACCUAUUAACGCUCAAGUAUAUCACACGAAACCACUUUCGUCGUCCAAUCAUGCUUCUCAAAGGCCUUUAAACUAUUCGAUACACCAUCCUCCGGUUCUGGUAACUCGAAGCCAACCAGUCGGCGGAACCGGGAUAAUAAAUCAGAAACCGACCAGCAGUGUGUCGCCUAUAUAUCAAACGUCUUCGACCAAGGUUCAGCCUGUGCAGCCUCAAGUAUUGAAUUCCAUGGCGACGAACCAAGUGGUGCCUAAAGAAUCAAAACAACCAAUUAGGGUAGCGAUGGAGUCUGAACAACCGGUCGGCACGGACCGGGCCGGCAGCCCUCCGACCGUCGGAAAACCAGCGUUACCCCCCAAACCUCCUCCACCGCUGGUUAAGACUUGUACGCCACCACCGCCACCGAGGCAAAAUGCUUACCACCACAACAUACCUCAGUACCAUCAGCCGGACCCAUCAUCGGAAGACGGGGGCCUAGGAGGCGCUGGUAGCGGCCGUACGUACUACACCGACUCCAGACCGGCGCCACUUCAAAAAGACCUGACGCCUCCCCCGCCGCGGAUACCCAAUGGUGGCAUUGCUGGAGCCUCGGUCAAGCCUGGCUUUGGCAACUUGGUGGAUUCAUCAGAGUCUGACAACUCGUCGAGUUCGACGUCUAUGCGAUCAACGUUCGGUAGCAAUGUCAAAAGUGGCGAACAUCUGCUGGAUACCGUGAGGUCUGUGAGCAUAUCGACGACCAAAGGGACGCCUCCCCCUCCUCCACCACCUCCAUCACAGCCACAGCAGUCAUCUGUUACUGUAGCCGCAUCUUCAACCGAACUCAAGGAUCAGCAACAGCAGCAGCCACCACCCCACGAAGCAAAAAUCCCCUCUAGACUGCCAUCACUCUUACUCAGUCGAACCACUUCUUAUCCAGUGACGGAUAUCGUCGGGAACGAGAGCAAAAUCAACAACAAUAACCACCACCAUCUUUUCCACCAUCAUAAUAACAUCAACAAUAACCACCAGCAAGCACAACACCGAAUAUCCGUCGCGCCAUCCCAACAGCAGCAGCAGCAGCAACAACAACAGCAACAACCGGCACAGACUCCGUCAGUUAUCGCUCCUUCCAUCAUUCCCACCUCAUCAACCGUCAGACAACUAGAUUCUCAGACUGCGGCGACCGAUGAAACGGAUAGAGCGCGGGCAGUUAGUGUCGCCCAACGCAUUGACGAACUUGAGACACGUUUUGGCGGUGGAGGCACCAGCAUAGGGGUCGUUGGAUGUGGUGGGUCUUCGUCCACUGACGAUAACAGUACUAGCAACCACAGCUCUUCAUCACCGGACUCCGGCCAAGACUCGGGCAGAGACGACAUAUCCGUGGAAUGCAGAAACAGGCUGGUUGUGCGGAAAAAAGGCAACCUCAAGGAGUCGGGCGGAAGCAUCGGUCACAAGCGACGGGUAUCGUUCGAUCCUCUUGCAUUGCUUUUGGACGCCUCGUUGGAGGGCGAACUCGAGCUGGUUAUGCGAACCGCUGAACAAGUGGGAGAUCCAAGCGCAGCCAAUGAUGAAGGAAUAACUGCGCUACACAAUGCCAUAUGCGCCGGCCAUAUAGACAUUGUUAAGUUUUUAGUUAAGUUUGGCUGUGAUGUAAACGCUCAAGACUCCGACGGAUGGACGCCGUUACACUGUGCCGCCAGCUGUAACAACCUAGCCAUGGUCCGAUUUCUGGUGGAGCACGGGGCGUGCAUAUUCGCCACCACGUUGUCAGACCAGGAGACGGCCGCCGAAAAAUGCGAGGAGGACGAAGAGGGUUUCGACGGGUGUUCAGAGUUUCUUUAUAGUGUUCAAGAGAAGUUAGGCAUAAUGAACAACGGUGCAGUGUACGCGGUUUUUGGGUAUGAAGCGCACAACCAAGAUGAGUUAACUUUCGAUGAUGGCGAUAGGAUUGUCGUGCUACGGAAAGGCGACGACACUGAACGAGAAUGGUGGUGGUCAAGGAUUGACGACCGCGAAGGAUACGUGCCACGGAAUUUGCUUGGGCUUUACCCGAGAGUGAUCGGUGGCAAAAAAUCGGAGACCGAAUGACAAUCCGCUUUGGUAGCAACAGCGAUAUCACCCGUCAAGAAGCUGAUCGAUUCUUGGGUCCCGCCAAAAUCAUAUCAUACAACGAUAUCAUUCUUAUUGUUUUAGACUUUCUCAUAUCUAUAACGUUAUUAUCUAUAUUAUUAUUAUUAUUAUUAUUAUUAUGAUUAUUUUAUAUUUUUUUACAUUUUCUUUUUGACUUAUUGUUUUUUUUUUUUUUUUAUCACACAGAAAACACAUUAAUUAUUUAUUUAUUAUUUCUAUAAUUAUCAUUAUUAAUAUUAUUUUGUUGUAAUUUAAGACCAAAGUUUAUUUAUGCGUUUUGACCAUGACAAAUUUUAUGAAAGCAUUAUCGCGAUGUAUAUAUCGUAUAGUAAUUUUAUAAUAAUUUAGUUGACAUAAAAAAAAAAAUAACUUUAAAUUUAAAAUUCAUAUAUAUUCUUAUUCAAACAUUGAAAAGUUCACGUGCUCGAGUACGUGACAUAUAUAUUAUAUAAUUUUGUAUUUACGUUGAACGUGCAUAAAUUGUUUUUGAAUGUUUUUUUUAUUUAUUUUAUGUUUUCCUAAGUGUUUUCACGUUUAUAUGAGUACAUUAAACUAAACAUCAUCGCAUUUGUAUCAUAUUAUAGUAUUUUGACU